AUGAAUAGGGCAGUGGAAGCAGCUAAUAUGAACAUCAAGAGUAUCUUGGAAAAGACGACUGAAACCUACAAAGAUUGGCAUGACAAGCUCCCCUUUGCCCUAAUGGCCUACAAAACUACAGUCCGAACCUCUAUAGGAGCUACUCCUUUCUCUUUGGUGUACAAAAUGGAGGCUAUGGUCCCGAUAGAAGUUGAGAUCCCAUCUUUGCGAGUCCUAAAUGAGGCAAAGUUGACCAAAGCAGAGUGGAUACAAUCCUGGUAUGACCAGUUGAACCUGAUUGAGGAAAAAGGGAUGGCAGCCAUAGCUCAUGGACAAUUAUACCAAAGAAGGAUGAUGAGGGCAUUUAACAGGAAGGACAGAAGAACACUUUGGUCUGACCUUCGUAAACUCUCUAGCUUCAUCAAGGAGACUUCCUGGCUUGUUCUAGGGGAUUUCAGUGUGAUUAAGAUUCUCUCUGAAAGCAACAACGCUGUAUCUACUACUGGCCUUUCUGGUUUCAAUGACUUCAAAGAAUUCCUUUGUGAAGCAGAUAUUAAUGAUUACCCAUUUUAUGGCCCUAUCAUCACUUGGACCAAUAAAAGAAUAGAUAACCUUCUUUCCUGA